AUGGCGAAGGUGAGAAAAACUGCAGCCGACUUGCCAGCUACGAUGGACCACAAUCCGCGUUAUUCACGGCGUGUCAUAGAAUUGCGUAACCUACCAGAGGAUUACUGGACACCAACUCUGCACAAAUUGAAGAAGGACGGUGUUAUGCCUGAUUUAACGCAGUCCGAAGGCUGUCGGUUAUGA